AUGGAGACUUGUAGGGUUUACGCCGCGGCAGGCAUUCGGGAGCCGCCCUCGCUGGAGCACGCGCAAAUUUGCAGCCACUUCAGGUUAACAGCAAACAAUACGCGGUCAUGUGGCGGUCCGCAGACUCUGAGGGGAAAACCGGCGGCGGCGGCGUCUCGGCAACAACGGCGGUCCAGUCCAGCGCAGAGGGCGACGGCCAAGUUAUAUUGCGGGGGGCCGACUGCGCGGCCCAAGUUGUUUGCCGCGGGCGCGGGCACGGGCCGGGUGACACUGUUUGCGCAAGUCGCGCGCCGCGCAGACACGCCGUCGCGAGCCACCGCCCCCACAAAGCCGUCGGAAAUGCGCGUGGCCGCGAGCUCUCGGGCGUACCGAGCGCGAACGUCACGCGGCGAACAAGUGGACGCCGUGAGAGCGAGCGGGCGGCACAAGGGGCGGGCGCCGACGCCGAGUCGCGACCGACUACUGCCUACCGUCCUCGCAGCCGCCGCCGCCGCCGCCGCCGCCGCCGCCGCCGCACGUCCGCAACAGCCGGCGCGCAACACGGCGGCCCGCGCAUGCGCACACAGCACGCUGGACGCCGCCGUCUUGGCAUCCACGCCUCCCGCCAGCACGCCGCGAGCACUUUCGCUUGUCGCCGCUCAGCUCUGCUGCGAUGUGCGGGGGAUUCAAGUGACGGAGCUGUACCGACGUGAUUCUUCGUAA